AUGGAGGAGAAGAGCGGAGAGUCAUCGGCUUUCUCCGUCAGGGUCUUCACCCUGCAGGAGGAGGUGCCGGCUGAGGAGGAGCACAUGGAGACACCUGAGGAGGAGGUGCAGGUCCAGGAGGAGGAGGAGGCGAGCAGAGAGCAGCAGGUCAGCGUGAGCAGACAAGGAGCAGGGCAGGAGCUCACUGUGCUCCUCAGCACGGGGCUGGAGGCUCAGCAGCUCACUGUGCAGGAUGCCAACGGAGCAUCGGUCUUCCAGCUCACCGUUUCCACGGAGACGGACUGCUGCCAGGUCGGAGGACAGUCCUUCCUGGUCACCGUCGGCAAACUGAGUCUGCUGCUGCAGUUCAAAACUCCAGCUGAUAUGAAGAACUUCCAGCGGUUAUUGAAGACCCGAGAUGAUGAAGAGACUAGGGAAGGUUGCACAGAAGGAGAUGAGAGAGCUGACAAGGAUGUAGAGAGAGGCCUAACAAGACAUCCAAGGACUGAAAAUGCUCCAACACAGGACUACCAGUUCCACAGCUGUCUGUCCCAGCAGCAGAACCUGCUCCAGGACUGCCUGAGGAUCGCCACCUACCAGAAAGCCAUUUUACUCAACGAGAGUGACUUCAGAGACAAGGUGGUUCUGGAUGUGUGUUGUGGUUCUGGUAUUCUGUCUUUCUUUGCAGUCCAGGCAGGAGCCACCAGAGUGUAUGCUGUUGAGUCCAACCCUAUGGCCAAGUUUACACAGAUCCUGGUCCAGAAUAACUGUCAGUCUGAGCGGAUCAGGCUUCUAGAAGGGAAGGUGGAGGAGGUCAGCUGUCCCGACAUGGUGGACGCCAUUGUCUCUGAGCCAAUAGGAUACAUGCUGCUCAGUCAAAGACUCAUGGAGAGCUUCUUGCAUGCCAGAAAAUGGCUGAAACCCAAUGGUCUGAUGUUUCCUUCCUAUGGAGAUAUCCAUCUGGCUCCCUUCAGUGACGAGCAGCUCUACUUCGAACACCACGCGCGAGCUAGUUUCUGGCAGCAGAGAAACUUCUAUGGAAUUAACUUGAAUGCUCUUCACAACGCUGCAGUGGAUGAGUUUUUCAAACAGCCGAUAGUGGACUCGUUUGAUGUGCAGAUCCUGAUGGCCAGGUCUGUCAAGCACCGCAUCAACUUCAAGGAGGCUAAAGAAGAGGAUUUACACAGGAUGGAGAUUCCCUUUGUGUUUACGCUGCUGCAGUCCGGCCUGGUCCAUGGACUCGCCUUCUGGUUCGAUGUGGCCUAUUCGGGAUCCAAGUCAACAGUGUGGCUCUCCACGGCUCCCACGGAGCCUCUGACCCGCUGGUAUCAGGUCAGAUGUUUGCUUCAGACGCCGCUGUUCGCCAAGCUGGGACAAACGCUGUCUGGGACGGUCCUGCUGUCCGCCAACGACAGGGAGAGCUACGACAUCCACAUCACCGCCACAGUCGACCAAUCGGGCUUCAGAUCUGGAAACGUCCUGGACCUCAAGAACCCCUUCUUCAGGUUACUCCUUCUCCCUCUGAUACAUUCAAAAAAAAUAGAACCAGAUGCUAUAAGAUAAGAUAAGAUAAGAUAAUCCUUUAUUAGUCCCGCAGCGGGGAC